AUGCCAAGGCUCUGCGCUGCGAAUGCGGUGCACACCCGGCGCAGAGGACUGCAGCAGCUACGGCUUGCCCUGCUGCUGCCGCUGCUGCUCGCUGCUCUUCUUCUCUCAUGCUUCCCCUGCAGCGGCCGCCUCUGGGGGGCGCCCCGGAGCCCGUGGCCCGGUCUGACGGGUAGAAAUCUGGCGGCUAAGGCGGGGGCACUCGUUCCAGCUGCUGCAGGUCACCUGGGGCCCUCCACAAAGAGGGCCCCACACUUGGGGGCCCCCCCGCUGGCUUUAACUGCCUUUGUUGCUGGGGGCCCCCAGCGGCACCGCCAGAGCCGUUUUCUGGCGGCGCCGCUGCAGCGCCAGCGCCGGGGGGCCCCCCAUCCCCUAACGGGGGCCCAACGGCCCCAGCAGCAGCAGCAGCAGCAGCAGCAACAGCAGCAGCAGGGUCACCUUUGGACGGCGCUUUCUCCAGGAGGGCAGGCUCAAAGGAGAGACCCCAGCGGGUUUGAGUUUGGGCAUCGCGGGGGCCUCCAGAGUCUCCAAAUGAAUUCCAUUUUGCCAGGUUCUGCGUUGGAGGCCCACAUGAAAGAGUUUAUGGAAGAUCCCAUUAAGAACAUGCCUUGGGAUGUGUAUGUGCCUUUCUACAAGCAAUUCGGCAGAGGAGUUGACAACAACUGGCUCCACUUCCUUCAAGGAAACUGGACUUUCAUCGACACCAAAACAUUUGCAGAACAGCCCGUAGGAGUGCUGGACGGGGGCGCUGAGAACUACGGGGGGAAGGGCUCGAGCCUCCCGUGGCACCCGCUGGCUGUGGACCGGCAGAGCGCAGUCAAAUGGCCGCAGCACUUAGCCCACGGAGUUGGCUUUCGAGAAAGCCUUGACAAGCCCUACGGCCUCCGCCUCGACAGGCUCCCCGACGGAAACCAAGACGUCUACUUCGGGGAAACUGACGAAGAACUCGACGCGAGGCUGUGGGGCAGCUGGGACUGCCCGCAUGCGUUGCAUGAGUGUUGGCCGGAAACAGGGUGGAGAGACACCCUACCUGAUGAUGACAUUACCGGGAUGCCGAAGCCUUGGACUCACAAACAGACAGACAUUGUGGAAAUGCCCCCCUACCACCGCGACCCCUCCCCGGGGCCCCCCGAAAUUCCCUUAGAAGUGGAACUAGCUGCUGCAGGCAUGUGGGGUGGCUAUGUGCUUGAGCCCGCGUGGACGCGGCACGCCGAUGCCAUUGCGGAAUACAGAAAAGCAGUGGAGUGGUCAAAAGAAGAAGUCCCGAAAAAUGAGAAAAAAAGCAAAAGGCGGAAAACUCAGGGGACAAAAAAGGACAAAGAAAAGGAUUCUGAGCUGAUGAGAAGGACUAAGGAGAUCAUCAAGGCCCACUGGGCCGACAUACGGAAGCACCCCGUGUACGUACGGGCGGUGGUGGAGGGGGCAACCCACGAGUCUGCUGCAGCAGUAGCAGCAGCAGCAACUCCAGAAACUGCAGCACGCCUCGCAAUGGGGGAAGAUAUUACCAAGGGUUUGGAAAUGCAAGAAACAGCAGACCACCUCGUCAGGGGAGAAGUAAAUCCUCCAAAUGCAGAAGGAAAAACAAUUUGUGUCAAUCUGGCUCUGUACAGCUUGAGCCCAUACAACUGCUGCUACUUGUCUCCCAAGGCCACGGUGGCGGAGCACGAAGAACUUUAUCAUUAUUUAAUGACAGAAAACCACCGAGAAGGAAAGUUCACAGAUUUCAACACUGAGAUCGCAGCCACCCAAGACAUCGAGUACGCACUCAGGCCAAGGAGGGAGCUGUUCCCGCGGCUGAUGGCUCUGUACCGUCCUUUGUGGGCAAAGCGGCAGUACGGGGAGGAGUUUGGAGGGCCCCUGGAGGCUAAGAAUCUGGUCGACAGCGACGCCUUCACCUUCCCGGGAAAGCCGCUGCCUUGGGGGGCCUCGGGGGGCCUUGAGAAAGAAAGUUCUGGAGACGAAGACGCAGAAUCAGAAAAGGCCAAAGCCCCAGAAACUUGCGUGCAAGAGGACUUCGACAAAAAGCCCCAAAAAAGCCCCUCGGGCCGUUUGCUGCUUCUACAGGGCAAGCUGAAGCCCCACAGAGUCAGCCUUUGA